CAUUACAGUUAAUCGCACUUUGAUUUAAUUGCUUGUUUUUAUUUUUGUGUUUUUAUCUUAUCCAUCUUUAUGUUCUGAGUGACUGCCACAAAGCCUGGCCCAUGUUUUCUGGAUGACUGUGAUAUUAGAAAAUUGCUUGGAGGACAAAAGAAAUUUCACUGCUAUGUUUUUCUGUAUCAUUUUUAGGGAUAAAACACUGUAAAUGGCCUCAAGGAACCACAGCACCAUCACUGAGUUCAUCCUCCUUGGACUGUCUGCUGACCCCAAGAUGCAGGCUCUACUCUUUGUGCUCUUCCUGGGGGUUUACCUCCUGACCAUGCUGGGGAACCUGAUGAUGCUGCUGGUCAUCAGGACUGAUUCUCAUCUCCACACACCCAUGUACUUCUUCCUGAAUCACCUUUCUUUCGUUGAUCUCUGCUUUUCUUCAGUCACAGUGCCCAAGAUGCUGGAGAACCUCCUGUCUCAGAAGAAAACCAUCUCAGUAAAGGGCUGCCCGGCUCAGAUAUUCUUUGUGCUUAUCACUGGAGGGACUGAAAUCUGUCUUCUCUCAGUGACGGCCUAUGACCAUUAUGCUGCCAUCUGCCACCCUCUGCUCUAUGGCCAGGUGAUGAGUAAACAGCGGUGUGUGCAACUUGUGUGUGGCUCAUGGGCCCUGGGCUUUCUGAACAGGCUCAUCAAUGUCCCUCUGGCAAUGAAAAUGGACUUCUGUGAUACCUACAUCAUCCCACACUACAGCUGUGAGUUGCCUUCUAUCUUCCUUCUGUCUUGCUCUGAUGUCUCCACCAACUUCCUUGUCAUGCUCUGUUCCACCAUCCCACAUGCACUUACAACUUUCCUUUCAAUCUUUUUCUCCUACAUUCACAUCAUCUUCACCAUCCUUAGCAUUACUUCCACUACCGGCAGAAACAAGGCAUUCUCCACGUGCUCCUCCCACCUCACAGCAGUGAUCUUCUUCUAUGGGUCAGGUUUUCUCCGCUAUUUCAUGCCAACCUCAGGCUCAGCCCUUGAGUUGAUCUUCUCUGUGCAGUAUGGUCUGAUCACUCCCAUGCUGAAUCCCCUCAUCUACAGCCUGAAGAACAAGGAGGUGAAGGCAGCUGUGAGAAGAACUUUGGGAAAGUAUUUACAAUGUGUUCAGUGGCAGAAUAAAGAGAAAGGGUGAUGGGGAGUUCGGAUAGAAAUACUUGUAACAAGACAUUAAAGACAACUUCCUGACUGUUCAUAUCAUAUUUGGCAAACUAAAUCAGAAAUACCUAAGAAAGAAACACAGACCUAUUAUAGAGUGGAUCAUUGAGUUCAAUCCUACUCAGAUGCAAAAGAAUGGAUUAAAUAGUCAUGUCAAAAUUUUGUUAUGAGAAAGUUCACCAAUAAUUGUUUUAUACGUGUGUGUUGUGCGCCUGUGUGUGUGUUUGAGUAUGCAUGUGUGUGUACGUAUAUGGUGGUUGGCUUGGUGUAAACUAUGGCAUUAUUUGUAGUUAAGUUUGGGAAAGGCGCUGAAAGCUAUACUUUUUCUAAAUAGAAAAGUACCUGAAUCUUUUGAGGAGAAAGGUCAUAAUGAGUUCACAGGGGCAUAGGGUGAUGAGUUCUGGUUAUAGUUGCAGGAAGAGAAAGUAAUGAGUCGCCCUAACAGGAAUGAAACCCUCCCAGAUGUUUGCUGAUACUUGGAGCUUAAUCUAGAGAAAACCAUUGCUAGCUUUUUUUUUUUUAGCAUAGCUGACCUGGUUGUACUCAUUUCCCUGUUUUAAGCAGGCCCACAGCCUCAGGAAGAAGGACACUCUUAGGAAUACAGGACCAAAAAGAACAGAAGUACCAGGACAAUGCAGGACCUGAGAGCAUCUCAGGUAAUCACUCCACCAGUGACUUUAUGGGUCUUCAGCUGAACAGCUGAAUUUCUUUUCAGAACUCUUAGAUAAGGCUUAAAGGUGGGACUUGGGUUGAAAAGAAUGUGUAGGAAUAUUUUUGAAGUAAGUAGAUACAGGUUAGAUUCUGCGCAGAUUUGCCCAAUAGGAAAUGUUUGGUGGCCUCUGCCUUCCCUUUUUGAAUCCUUCCCAAUCUUUGAUGCUCCUGCUCCUAAGUGCCCAGGGCAACACUAUUUUCUUGUAGGAGUCUUCCAUUUCCUUAUAUGCCCAAAUGAAAAAGCCAAACCCU